AUGUUUCACUUCUUCAACUGUGCAAUUCUGACGUUCGGCCCUCACGCCGUUUACUACUCGGCCACCCCCUUAUCUGAGUAUGAUACACUUGGAACCUCAAUUAAAGCAGCUGUGGUUUAUCUUAUAACAGCCUUAGUAAAGCUUGUCUGUCUUGCAACAUUUCUUAAUGUAUCUGAAAGUGACAGCUUUGAUCCAUAUCAGGAAUUGUUGAAAGCUUUAAUUGGGUUCGUAGAUGUUGCCGGUCUCUACUUUGCCUUGACACAAUUAACUCACAGGAAUAUCUCUCAAUAUCAUAAAUUCCAAGCUGUUGGACUUGGGUGGGCCUUUGCUGAUUCUGUCCUGCAUAGAUUAGCACCCCUUUGGGUGGGUGCUAGAGGAUUAGAAUUUACUUGGGAUUAUAUUUUUCAGGGUCUUGAAGCAAAUGCUAAUUUGGUGUUGAGUUUAUCUCUUGCUGCAUUAGGGUCCUUAAUGUGGCUUAGGAAAAAUAAACCCAAGACUUUGAUUCCUAUAAUAUAUGUUUGUGCUGGGAUUGUUGCAACAAUGCCAUCAAUCACAAGCUAUCUAAGACGAGGCUUGGGGUGGCACUUACCGAAGGUAGUAGGCUUUGAGUUGUUCACUUCUUUAGUGAUGGCUUUUAUCAGCUGGCAGCUAUUUGCUGCAUGUCAGAGACCAUCAAACUGA